AUGUCAUUUGGAGUGAACACUUUUCAGAAGUAUAGAGAUGAUAGCGGUCUAGGUCAUAAUGGGGUGGCUGUGUCUUUAAACUAUUAUGAUGGUUUGCCAGAGAGCAGCUUAUUGAACUCGUUGUCUAGCAAUGAAUUGAAGUUGAUCUUUAAAUCCCUGAUGAAAAGGGAUGACACCACAAAGGAGAAGGCAUUGAAUGAGCUUAUGGGACUAGUUGAGCACUAUGACCAUAACAGUUUCUUAUUUGAUGAUAUUAUGCUGUUAUGUUGGAGUCAAUUGUACGCUAAGCUAUGCAUGAGUGAGCUGAAAAAUAUUAGAUUAGUGUGCCAGCAGGUUACUCUCGGUAUAAUUACUAAGAUGAGAAAAUCAGUAGCCAAAUAUUUCAAAGACUUGAUUCCAUUUGUGCUUCUAGGUACAUGCGAUACGGACUCCGCAGUUGCCAGGCUAUGUGCCACGGGUAUAAAAACCUGCUUUAAUGACGAUGAGGAUAAAGUUACCGCACUAUACAGUUUAUUCGAUAUCCCUAUCUUGUCCCUGACUAAGGCAAUAUUAGUCACCGAAACUCCCCAAACAUUGACAGAUGAGAGAUACUCGACACCUGAUGAUGCUGACUUUAAAUAUCAGCGGGUUGUAGUAAGCGCUAUAAAUCUUUUGUUAGCUGCAAUUGAACGGAACAAGGCUAUUUUGGAAGAUGAAACUUUUAAUGAAAUCAUGGACAAUGAGAAUUUAUGGAAGUUGAUGAGUAUAAAAAAUUUGAACUCUAUUAAGACAUAUGAGUCACUAAUAAGAUUGGCUAUUACUUUAAGCGAAGAGGAGUUUUUGACUUCUCAUAAGCAUGUGUUAAAGCUGAUAAGUAAGAAACUCUUGAAAAGCCUGUCUCAAUUUAACGAUAAAAAUAUACUGAAGGUUAAUUAUAUCUGUCCGCUGAUCUUAACUCUGUUUAUGUGCUUGAACAAAUACAAAAAUGGAAAGUUUUGGUCAUAUGAUAAAAUUUCAAAAGAUCGACUUGUGGGAUUCUUGUCAACUGCCAUGAAGAGCCCAACGGUUGGUUUUUUCCCUACAUUUUUUAGGUUUUAUACUUCGGUAGAAAGUCAAGAUAUCUUGGAUAAAGAGUUAGAAUGGUGGCCAUUAAUUCGAAUUGGGAACAAAAACUUAUGCAAUAAAUCCUUUUUGGGUAGAGAUGGUGCUAAAAUUUUAAAAGAGUACUGGAGCUGUCGAGUACAACUGAAUAAUUCAUCUUUUUCGAACAAAAAUGAGUUAUUGAUUGAAGAUAUAAAAGAAGUUAUCAACUCAACAGAUAUAACCAAUGUUGUUGAAGUAAAACAGCUCUUCAGGAACUAUCUUAAUAACACUGCUAUACUUCAUGAAAUUGAUGUACUAUUAGCAAGCCAUGGAAAUCUCACGAGAGAUAUAAAAUUGAAGUUUGAUAAUUUUCUAAACUUAUUUUUUCUAGAAGCAACAGAAAGUGAUGUGAUAUCAAUGUCAAAAACACUUAUAAAGGCUUGGGAUAACAAAGAAGGUCCGCCAGAAUCCACUUUAUUUGUUUCUAACAGAUUGAUAAAGAAUGGAAAAGAACACCCAGAGAGCUUAUACUUCUUCUUUGAGCGGUUGCUAGAUUUGAUGAAUGAGGACAACCACUCCGAAAUUAGUAACCUGUUUGUCUCCUAUUCCUCAAUUAUAAAAGUCCCUGAUGAGAAGGUUAUUUCUUUGUUCGGCAGCUUUAUAAUGAGAGUUACCAUAAUAUCCAAAAAUGUCAAUAGUGUAAAGGACAUACUUUGCCAAAUUCCAAGAAUUUAUUGUGAGAAGCUAUGUAGUGCGGAUGAAUCAACUAUCAAGAAGAUUUUUGAUACUAUUAUACAAUCUUACAGUGGCGAUACUAAUGUUCAGUUUUUCCAGAGCCCUAUUAUCAAUAUUUUCACCAUCCACAGGCUAUUUGAGGUUUUUGUUUCAAAAGGAGAAUUCAGUAAAUUGGUAUCGGAUAUUAAUUAUCUGGACUCUACAUGCAAGCAGUACUUGUAUGCACAAGAAACUUUUUAUGAUCAUACCCUUAAUGAACUAAAUGACAUGCAAUUUUUCACACUUUUGAAAGAGGCAUGCUUGGUUUUAGGCGUAAAUGAUGAAAUAGAUGCAAAUAUUGUAAAAGUGCUACUAAGAAAGAUAAAAAAAUCCUUUAGUAAACAAUCAUCUGAGCAAUAUUUCGAAGUACUAGAUAUCUUAUUAAAGCACAACAAGGAUACGAUUAAUGUAUUCCUUCCUUCUGAUCCUCUUAAAUUGUUAAAAGAGUUUAAUCCUUCUUCCCUGCUUUUAUGUGACGGUAACUUCGGCGCCAAUGUCGCCUUUUUUUUAUCUGGGCCUACUCUGGAGGAUUACGAAAAGGCAAAGCCACUGCUACACCAAGCAAUGUUUAUUGAUACAUAUCUAUCAAAGAAUAAUAAGACUGAUUUAGAUGCAUGGAUAAUCUUUCUAACGAUAAUGUCUGAGAUAGCUGCUGAUUAUAAUUAUUUAUCAGAGUCGCCUGAAUACAUCUUCCAAGACUUAGAAAAUACGAUCUACAAGUCUGUCGAGAGACCGUUUUCAUUUUUGUCUAUUUUGAAUCUGUUGAACAACGUCGAAGCGAAAAACAACUCAUGGUUGUCAAAACUAAUUGACUUUGAAGAAAGUAACUCAAUGGUUGCAUAUUAUUCAGGAAUGAUUGUUCGUAGAAUUCUGAUAAAUGAAGUUGAUUACAUGAGUAGCAGUGACAAAAAUUUUAUCAGUCAAGAAUUGUAUACCUUCCUUUCUAAAGCAUUAAGAGAAAAAGAGCAUGGUCUUAAACUAUUUUAUGCAACUAUACUACUUGCUACAAGCAAAGAUGUCGUUAUGCCAGAAGCUUUAAUUAAGGUUGGUGCGCUGCUUAUUUCCCAGAUUGUUGGAAUUAGCGAAAUGGAACUCAUAAAAGGCAAAAGUAAGGUAUUGUUAAUCCUAUUUAGUAUGCUAGCUGGCUCGAUAAACAUUUCUGAACCGGUUCUACCCAUUCCCAAAUUAAAUAUGGCUUUGAAAACACUGGAUAAUAUCCUCGAUAGUGAUAUUGCUUAUGAUGAGGAGUUCAUCAUCCACAGACUGCUCAUAAUGAAAUUUAUUGGUGCUAUUGUAUCGCAAUCAAAUUUAGAACAAGCUCAUUCUCAAGCAUUGAAAUUAGCUGAACGGUUAAUCGCAGAUGGUUUUUCCAUGUCAUUACUGGAAGAAACUCCGAUGAAACCUGAGUUACAAUAUCUAGCAACACAACUUCAUAAAUAUUGUAUUGCAAGGAAUGAAUGGGAAUGUACUGAAGAAUAUAGAAGCGAAAUUGAAACCGGAUUUAUGGAUACAAUGUUGAAUAGUGUUUCAGUAUUUAAGAAUAAUCACUGUUCGGCACAAUAUUAUAUUAUGUGUGAAGGUAUCUUUUCUGCAAGGAAAACCAACGAGCAAAUUAAAAAUCUUGAUUCAAUGAUUGAGCAAUUUGUCAGUAUGCAAUUAUGCUGUAAUAUUGGAUAUAUGAGGCUGUUGGUAGCCAUUUUAGAAAAAACUAUAUAUGAGAAACAACAAAUUAACCUAAUUGAGUUUGAAUUGGAGAAUCAGAAACUUGGUAAGGAUAAAACACAAGAUGAUAAUCAAGAAGAUGAAAGAAGUUUUGAAGAGUACAAGAUUCCUGAGAUAUUGAUGACUUCCUUGAUCACAAACUUACCGUCAGAAUACUUGGAAUAUGAGAAUCAAUACAGAUUCUUGAAUUACUUGUGGACGUGGUAUUUAACUGUGAGUUAUUUUAAGGAUGUCUCCUACAAUAUGAGAGAAUUAUAUAUGGACCAACUGAAAGAAAAAGACCUCAUUACUCAGAUGUUGGAUUUUAUUGUUGAUCAGAUUGAUUUUGAUGAUACCACAUACUGGAAGACUGUUGAGAUAAAUGAUAUUUCCAAUUAUGAAAUCCAUAACAAUCAGCUUGAACCAUUUAUCGAGGCCGUUAAUGACGAGUGUAAAAAGCUACUUGUGCAUUUGAUGUAUAAGAUAUUCAGUGCAUCAGGCACAUUGAGUGCCAAAUGGUAUAUGAAUAUCAAAAAUAAAUCUUUGAGCUCCAAAAUUGAUCGUUUUGUAUCGGAGUUCGUCUCUCCUAUUCUGAUAUCAAAUGAACUCAGAGAGGUUGAGAACAAGAAGGAAUCAUUGACGUCAAAAGAUGACUCGUUAACAAUUAAAAUUAAUGAAAAACUUCAUGAGGUAAAAGCUUCAUUUUUAAUUGAUGAACAAAAACUUGAAAUUGCAUUUAAACUGCCAGUAAAUUAUCCUCUAGAGAAUAUCCAAGUCAUUGGUAUUUCACGUGUUGGUAUCAGUGAGCAAAAAUGGAAACAGUGGAUAAUGUCUACUCAGCAUGUUAUAACUGGUAUGAAUGGAUCUGUACAAGAUUCUCUAGAGUUAUUCACCAAAAAUGUUGGUCUGCAAUUUUCUGGAUUCGAAGAAUGUGCUAUUUGUUAUUCAAUUCUGCAUGCUGUGGAUAGAAAACUGCCCACCAAAACAUGUUCUACGUGUAAAAAUAAAUUUCAUGGAGCAUGUUUGUACAAAUGGUUUAGAUCAUCAGGAAACAACACCUGCCCAUUAUGCCGUAGUGAGAUAAAUUUCCGCAGGUAA